AAAAAAAAAAAGAAAGAAAGAAAGAAAAGAAAAAGAAAAAGAAAAAAAAAAGUAGGCCAGGCACGGAUCACCUGAGGUCGGGAGUUCGAGACCAGCCUGACCAACAUGGAGAAACCCCAUCUCUACUAAAAAUACAAAAUUUGCCGGGCGUGGUGGCACAUGCCUGUAAUCUCAGCUACUAGGGAGGCUGAGGCAGGAGAAUUGCUUGAACCCGGGAGGUGGAGGUUGCAGUGAGCCGAGAUUGCGCCAUUGCACUCCAGCCUGGGCAAUAAGAGUGAAACUCAGUCUCAAAAAAAAAAAAAAAAAAGUUAAACACAGAAAUGUGGGACGUUGUUUUUGACACAGAGGUGGCCUCCAUUCCUAUUUUUCUUCAAGAGAACCAUGAAGCUCCUUUGCAAAAUAGAUGAGUUCUUUUCUUUGAGACAGAGUUUCCUUCCAUCACACAGGCUGGAGUGCAGUGGUGCGAUCUUGGCUUACUGCAACCUCCGCCUCCCAGGCUCAAGUGAUUCUCAUGCCUCAGCCUCCUGAGUAGCUGGAACUACAAGUGUGCACCACACCACACCUGGCUAAUUUUUGUAUUUUUAGUAGAAAUGGGGUUUCACUAUGUUGGCCAGGGCUGGUCUCAAACUCCUGGCCUCAAGUGAUCUGCCCACCUCGGUCUCCUCAAGUGCUAGGAUUACAGAUGUGAGCCACUGCACCUGACUGCAAAAUGGGAGAGUUCUGAGAAGUGUGGACUGGAAACCAGUGAGAGGAGGUAACUUCUAGAACCUCUUCCCAGCUCUGAUUCCACUAACAUGGUCUAAACUUUCCAAACUCAACCCACAUCACCGUUAAAGUCCUUAUUUUCUAAGCUGUUUCUCUUUCGGGCACUUUCCAGGAGGCCUGGGCCUGAAACUCCACACCCCACCAGCUGACACAGUGUGCGUGACCUGGAACUAGAAAUGACCUUCUCACAGGGCAGAUGGCCACCCACGGGGGAUGCCUUGUUAGAAAGCCUCUCCAAAGACCUGGGAGAGUCAAAUCCUGACACAAACAUAUCAAAGAAAUGGUCUACUUUACUAGAAAUUUUGUUUAAAACAUACAAGUUAAAAUCAGCGGCUGAGCAUGGUGGCUCACACCUAUAAUCUUAGCUACUCGGGAGGUGGAGGGAAGAGGAUCGCUUGAGGCCAGGAGGUCAAGACCAGCCUGGGCAACACAGAGAGACCCCCAUCUCUAUUUAUUAAAAAAAAGGGAAAAGAAAACAAUUUGGUAAUAUAUAUAUCAAGAGGUUUAAAAAUGUUCACUUCCUUUGAUCCAAUAAUUAAGACUCUAACUUCAGAAAAUUAUAGAAAAAUUUUGACGUGAAGCUAUUCACUACAGCACUGUCUCUAUUACAUAAAACAGAAGCAUAGGGCAAACUCCAUAGAAGUCAAUAAAAUGUUAACAGCUGUCUUUGAGUGGAGAAACGAUAGAAGACCUUUUUUUUUUCUUUUUUUUUAAACUUGCUUCUUUUCUUCUUCAUAUAUAGGAGACGUUUUGUUUGACUUCCUUAUAUAUCUGAACUUUUCACAUUUUCUAAAGUGAGAAAGUAUUACUUCUAUUAUCAGAAAAAAACUCUCCUGGCCAGGUGCAGUGGCUCAUGCCUGUAAUCCCCAGCACUUUGGAAGGCUGAGGGGGGCGGAUCAUCUGAGGUCAGGAGUAUGAGACCAGCCUGGCCAACAUGGUGAAAUCCCGUCUCUACUAAAAAUACAAAAAUUAGCUGGGCAUGGUGGCAUGCACCUGUAAUCCCAGCUACCUGGGAGGCUGAGGCAGGAGAAUCCCCUGAACCCAGGAGGCGGAGGUUGCAGUGAGCCAAGAACUGCACCAUUGCACUCCAGCCUGGGCAACAUGAGCCUCAAAAAACAAAACAAAAAACAAACCUCCCUUAAAAUGCCAAACACUUUUAAAAGGUCAUAAAUAUAAACCAAACCACCACCACCGCUGUGUCUUACCAUUAUUACUUUAAAUGGCUGCUGCUAUCCCAGUGUAGUUUCACUAAUAUCAGGCCCUGUCAACUUACCAUGGCACCUCCCUGACAACAGACACAUCCCGCCAUCCCCGAGCUCCACAAAAAUGGAAGAACAAACCAUCCAUGUUCCUAUGACAGUAGUCCUGUGAGCACGGCGAGAUGGGGCUUUGCUUGAAAAGGGAUCACUCAGGCCAGUGCCUCCCACAUCUUACUGGAAGAUGGCACGAAACUAGCAUGUGAUUUGUCUCUUGCACAGUGGGUGGCCGGAAGGGAAGUGACAACUCUUCUGGCUGGGGCCUCCAGGGAUAGGUCAGAGCAGAACCUUCCAAAGGGCACCCAUGGUGCCGGCCCCAGUAACCUACAAUUCCCUUGUGGUCAACCAGCUUCUCCAGAACCAAGAACCCACUGGCUCCUGGGUGGCCAAGAGCAAUCUGACCACCUGCAGCCAGUCAGAAGGUGGAGCCCUGGUUUACCCGCCUACCCAGAGGGCAAAGUAGGGGAGUAGUGGGGGCAGCAGUGGAUGUGUAAUGGUAACAGUAAUAGCAGGCCUGGUGCAGUGGCUCACACCUUGUGAUCCCAGCACUUUGACUGGCUAAGGCAGAAGGACUGCUUUGAGCCCAGGGGUUCAAAGUUGCAGUGAGCUAUGAUCGUGCCACUACACUCCAACCUGGGCAACAGAGCGAGACCCUGUCUCUUUAAAAAAAAAAAAAAUAACAGCCAAGCAGGAACCCGCAUCCAGGAACACAGCCCUUUGCUCCUCCCUCAGAAUGAAUGGAAACCAGGCUGGGCGCGGUGGCUCACACCGGUAAUCCCAGCACUUUGGGAGGCCAAGGCGGGCGGAUCACGAGGUCAGGAGAUCGAGACCAUCGUGGCUAACAUGGUGAAACCCUGUCUCUACUAAAAAUACAAAAAAUUAGCCAGGCGCGGUGGCGGGUGCCUGUAGUCCCGGCUACUAGGGAGGCUGAGGCAGGAGAAUGGCGUGAACCCAGGAAGUGGAGUUUGCAGUGAGCCAAGAUCGCGCCACUGCACUCCAGCCUGGGCGACAGAGCAAGACUCUGUCUCAAAAAAAAAAAAAAAAAGAACGAAUGGAAACCAGACAUCAGAUGUUUAUGCCCAAGAAAAGCAGGAUUUCGUUCAGCACUACUCCCAGAUCGUUAGGGUGCUGACUGAGGAUGAGAUGGGGCACCCAGCGACAGGAGAUGCUACUGCCCGGCUCAAGGAGGUCCUGGAGUACAAUGCCAUUGGAGGCAAGUAUCACCGAGGUUUGAUGGUGCUAGUAGCGUUCCGGGAGCUGGUGGAGCCGAGGAAACAGGAUGCUGAUAGUCUCCAGUGGGCACUGACUGUGGGCUGGUAUGCGGAACUGCUGCAAGCUUUCUUCCUGGUGGCAGAUGACAUUAUGGAUUCAUCCCUUACCUGCCAGGGACAGAUCUCCUGGUAUCAGAAGCUGGGCAUGGGUUUGGAUGCCAUCAAUGAUGCUAUCCUUCUGGAAGCAUGUAUCUACUGCCUGCCGAAGCUGUAUUGCCGGGAGCAGCCCUAUUACCUGAACCUGAUGGAGCUCUUCCAGCAGAAUUCUUAUCAGACUGAGAUAGGGCAGACCCUCGACCUCAUCACAACCCCCCAGGGCAAUAUGGAUCUUCACAGAUGCACAGAAAAAAGGCACAAAUCUGUUGUCAAGUACAAGACAGCUUUCUACUCCUUCUACCUUCCUGUAGCUGUAGCCAUGUACAUGUCAAGAAUGGAUGACAAGAAGGAGCACACCAGUGCCAAGAAGAUCCUGCUGGAGAUUCAAGAGUUCUUUCAGAUUCAGGACGAUUACCUUGACUUCUUUGGGGACCCCAGUGUGACUGGCAGAGUUGGCAAUGACUUCCAGGACAACAAAUGCAGCUGGCUGGUGGUUCAGUGUCUGCUACAGGCCACUCCAGAACAGUACCAGAUCCUGAAGGAGAAUUACAGGCAGAAGGAGGCCGAGAAGGUGGCCCGGGUGAAGGCACUAUACGAGGAGCUGGAUCUGCCAGCCGUGUUCUUGCAGUAUGAGAAAGACAGUUACAGCCACGUUAUGGGUCUCAUCGAAUAGUACGCAGAGCCCCUGCCCCCAGCCAUCUUUCUGGGGCUUGUGCACAAAAUCUACAAGUGGAAAAAGUGACCUAGAGACUGCAAGGGCGGGGAGAGAAGGCUCUCAAUAAGUAAAUUAUUGUAUAAAAUAAAUAAAUAAAUGAAUAACAGCAAUGGCUACCAGGUAAAGGUUUACCAGGCACCAGGCACCGUGCUAAGCCCCUCCACCUGACUAGUAAUUCUCGUUGGUCCUCACAACUGGGGAAGCGGGAUAUUUCCAUACCACAACUGAGAAAAGUGAGUCACCAGAAGACAUGCAGCUUGCCCAAGGAUAUCCAGGGACUGAGAAAACCCAAAUCUGUUUCCAGAGUUCCUGCCUUUCCCACCAAGACAGACUGACGACGGACAAACUGGCCUGUAGAUGUGUUCUGCUUGGGUUACUAAGGUUUGGCUUUUAAAAACUGAGCUGAUGUUUAAAAAUUGGAAUAUUUGGCCGGGCUCAGUGGCUCACACCUGUAAUCCCAGCACUUUGGGAGGCCGAGGCAGGCAGAUCAUGAGGUCAGGAGAUCGAGACCAUCCUGGCUAAUGCAGUGAAACCCCAUCUCUACUAAAAAUACAAAAAAUUAGCCAAGUGUGGUGGCGGGCGCCUGUAGUCCCAGUUACUCGGGAGGCUGAGGCAGGAGAAUUGCUUGAACCUAAGAGGUAGAGGUUGCAGUGAGCCAAGAUUAUGCCACUGCACUCCAGCUUGGGCGACAGAGUGAGAAUCUGUCUCAAAAAAAAAAAAAGGAAUAUUCACAGUAAAAAAAAAAAAAAAAAAAUCUAGAUUUCAAGCUUCCCUUGAAAAUCAGAAAAGAUGGCAAUAUUUGCAGGCUGGACCUAGAUCCAUGAUCUACCUAGCAACACCAGCUAAACUGCAAUGGUGGCUGGAACAUCCUCUCUGGGUGGCCACAGCUACCACGACUCCCUAUGGCUAGGGCCAGCAUGCUUUUCCUGUAAAGGACAGAAAAAGUCUUUGCAGUGACUCUGCCACUAGACCACAAGAACAGCCAUAAACAAUGUGUAAACAGGAGGGGUUGCAUACCAAUAUAACUUUAUGAACAAAAUCAGGCAGUGGGGCUGAAUGCGGUGGCUCACGCCUGUAAUCCCAGCACUUUGGGAGGCUGAGGUGGGUGCAUCAUUUGAGGCCAGGAGUUUGAGACCAGCCUGGCCAACACAGUGAAACCCCGUAUCUACCAAAAAAAUACAAAGAUGAGCCAGGCGUAGUGGCAUGCACCUGUAGUCCCAGCUACUUGGGAGGCUGGGGCAGGAGAAUCACUUGAACCCAGGAGGUGGAGGCUGCAGUGAGCCGAGACUGUGCCACUGUACUCCAGCCUGGGCAACAGAGUUAGACCC